AUUAACCCAUAAAAGGGGGGAAAAAAGGGUAGGGAGGACGCAAAAUCUGUGGUUCCAGGCUUGCAAACCAAUCAUGCCAUGAAAAAGGAAUCGUUGAGAAAAAGUAAUGGGUUUGCUUCAAAGCCAACCGAAUCUCACUCUUCUUCUACUUGCCCCUAUAAAUACACAGAAAAGCAAGACUCGCAUACCCAAUUUACGCUUACUGUUGCUUCUUGACUCUCCCAACACACUUGUAUAUGGAAAUGAUGAUGGCAGCUCAAGAUCAGGAACUCAAUCAGAUCAUUCGAGGCAAGCGGACUAAGCGAUUGAGGUCUCCGCUCGCGUUGGCAAUUACUUGUAGCUCGUCAAGCGGCAGUGGGGAUCAAAUUGAAGGUGAAAGUUCAGGAUUCACAGACAAUAAUAAUACAGAGGAAGAAGAGGACAUGGCCAGUUGUUUGAUUCUUCUUGCACAAGGAUCUCAUGAUCAUAACCGUAAAUCAUCGCCUCAAAUUGCAACAACAACAACUAGCGAUGUCAAAUUCCGUUUCGGUUUAGAAGCUUAUCAGUGCAAGACGUGUGAUCGGUGCUUUUCUUCGUUUCAAGCGCUGGGAGGACACAGAGCCAGUCACAAGAAACACAAGGCAGAAGACAAGAAAGUUUGCGCGGAAAAUCAAUUUAACAACAAGAAGAUGAACAUGAGAACGAGUCUUUCGCUCCAAACAUGGAAGUCUAAUGGUAAGGUUCAUGAGUGUUCGGUGUGUGGUGCGGAGUUUUCGUCUGGACAGGCGUUAGGGGGUCACAUGAGGCGUCACAGGACGAUUGUGAAUGGCGGCGGCGGCGAUGGUGGUGGUUCAGGGCCGUCUACUACAUUGAGUUUGGAUUCAAGUAGUCACGAGAUGGAGUCUCGAGAAUUAGCAAAGAAACCAAGAAAAACUAGUAUCACUAAUCUUCAAUUGGAUCUUAAUCUUCCUGCUGCUGCGGCGGAAGAUAUUGAUCCUGAUGAUUUCCGAUUCGGAUCGGAAGAACAAGUUAUUGUGUUCUCUGCAUCUCCUUUGGUUGAUUGUCAUUACUGAAAUUGAUUCAUUUAGUUUACACUAAUUGUGAAUUAUUGUU